GUGCUUAUCUAUACGCACAUACACCGUGUAGCGGAUAAUAGAUGUGCGGACUCAUGCUUCGGGUUACUUUCUUUUUCACCGCCGUACUGAAAGUGAGCAUCGUGAGUGUGUAGUGUGGUAAUAAUGAGUAGCAUAUAUAUCGUACGAAGGCAGCGUUAAUAAUUUGUGUAAACGUUGUUGAUGUAAAAGAAAAUAAUAUCCAUGUCGAAGAAAUGAUCCAGUGGGGUUAGGAGAUGCGUGCAUUUUCCCCCGGAUCCAUGCCGUAUUCACACAGAAGCCAAUCCAGAUAUUAUAUGGACUCGUAUCGUCUACACUAAGAUGGCUGCCGCCAGGUUACCUCCAGUAGUUCUCGAAGUGGUCUUUUCUUAUUUAGACAUAUCUGACUUGCGAUAUUGUUCGUUAGUCUGCAAAAGCUGGUACAGAUUUCUUAACGAUGAAAACAAUGACGUCUGGAGGUUUCAUUGUGUUAGAAAAUUAGCAGAAGAUGCACUUAAAUCGGAUGUUUUAUCCAAUGUACCUACUUACAAAGCUAAAUUACGAGCAUUUUAUCACGCGUGGAACCCUAAUGAUUGCUCGCGAAACAUUUAUGUAAAACACAAUGGAUUUACAUUACAUCGGAACCCUAUUGCACAGAGUACGGACGGAGCCCGGGGUAAGAUCGGGUUUCGAACUGGGCGACACUGCUGGGAGGUAUGGUGGGAAGGUCCCCUCGGAACUGUGGCUGUGAUCGGACUUGCUACGAAAGAAGCUCCCAUGCAGUGUCAUGGAUAUGUUUCUUUAUUAGGUAGCGAUGACCAAAGCUGGGGAUGGAAUCUCGUGGACAAUCUAUUAUUACAUAAUGGUGACAGUCAAGGAAACUAUCCUUUGUUAAAUAAUGCUCCGAAAUAUCAGGUAAGUCAGUGCCAGUGAUAGCAUGCAUGCUAUAUGUCUCAACUGUCGUCUGCACACAGCUAGGUUUCACAUUGAAUGUAGUGAAACAGCGAUGCUAAGUAAGGUUACAAAAGAUAAGUAUAACUAAAAUAUUGUCGAAUGCACAAAUAAGUUCGACCAAAAUUUCAUAUGAACCCCUUAUCUAUAUUAACACGAACAGAUUCUUUUCUUUCUUUUUUUUUUUUACUGAAAGGAAACGAGUACAUGAUUUUUUUUUCUUUUACAAAUAUCUUCCAUUCAAUCAAACUACACCACAUGAAUUUUCUCAUUUAAUCAUUUUAUUUAACCGAAUAGUUAUGUUUAUGUGAUUUUAUAAAUGUUUUUAUAAAAAUAAUAUACCACGAAUGGUUUGCUCAUUGUCUCAUAGCAACAUUAUAUCAUAAGCAUCGUUCGAUGGGUUUAGUUUUGUAAUUACAUUAUCGUUUCUUUCUGUAUCAUGCGUGAAUGAGUUCAGUCCCUGUAGCCGCUGCGACUGUCAUUGCAUGAAAAUUAUCUAUUCAAAUUAUCAGUUUUUACCUAUUUUUCUCAUCGAUGAACGGCUUGUAUGAAGAGAAAAUAUUACAAAGAAGGGAAUUAAAAUUUUUAGUGAGGGUGUGGACAUAUUAAAUGAGAUAGGAAGGUCUUAUCGUAUAAAAUAACAGGAAAUAAUGAAGCAAGGCAGAUUGUUGAUCUCCAUAGUCAUGUCACCUUUUAUAUACAGCGAUAAAACCCUGCUUUGUUUUAUCAUAAAUUUAUUAUUGGUUUAAUUAUAGAGUAUUUGACAAAAAAUAAAUAGAUAAAUUGAAGAAGACCACUUUUUCUAUCCUCCAUCUCCUGUUUCCCCUUACUAUUAUAAUAUAUUUAAUAUUUUGUAAAGCAGGUUUAAAGAAACAUGUUUAUGGAAAGCAUAUGGUACUCUAAGUAACACUUAGUGGGUGUAUAUAUGUAUAUGUAAUGUGUAUGUCUACUCAUACACAAACACUUAGAAAAGCAGGUUGUAUGUUCGCAUCCUGUCACUGACUUCUUUUGGUGUCCUUGGAAAAGAAACACAACUCUUGACAGCACCCCGGCUCAGAUCGAAUUAUUAUUUUGUGCGUGCAUUUUUGUAUAGCAUACAAAACUAUACUUAAAAAAUUACACAUAAAUUGUAUUAUGUAUGUAUUCAUGUGUGCAUUUACAUAUGUAAACAUAGCCCCUAUAUAUAUAUAUAUAUAUAUAUAUAUACUCUCACGCAGCACGUAUAUUAUGUGUAUGUAUAUAUAUUUAUAUAUGUAUGUAAACGUGAUGUACACGUAUGGUGGUUUAUGCCGGACGAGUGAGA